CUUUGUUAAUUGCUUGGGAAUAUAUGUCACAAGAAUCCUCUUACACAGCCCAACAAAGUUCUACAAAAGUUAAAUCUCCAAAAUGGCGAAAUUGUCAAUUGAAAAAUCGUACCAAUUGGCCACUCGGAAUUCCCAAGAAUGAACGAAAGCAAAUCGGCAUCCACAAUGUUGUUGAGAGCAGCGCUUGUUCUGCAACUUCUAUUUGUGAGCUCUGUGUUCGGAAAUUUAUUUGAAACGCACUACAAAACCCUGCUCGGCAAUUUGGCGGGACAAUCUUUGGAGGAUGUUUUUGAUGGCAUGAGCGUCGAAGAGUUGGAACACAAUGCCGAAAGCUUCACAGAAACGUGUCUAAAUGAGACUGACCUCGAAGCUGUUUACACAAUUGCCGACACUUCUUCUCUGACAGAUGCCGAGUUAGUCGAACUAUGUCCCGCCCUCCUCUACCGAGCCCUAGUUGCUGCCGAGUGCGCCCAUGAUGACCACGAUGACCAUGACGGGGAAACCACUGGCUAUGGCUACACUUAUGGAUCCCUAGCUGUUUUGAUAAUCAGUCUCUCUCCGGUGCUGGGCCUUCCGCUCGUUUUGAUAAACCGCAAUUCAAUCGUGCUGCAGAUGAUCAUUCAGUUUUUGAUAGCUGUCGGUGUUUCGGCACUGGCUUGCGACUCUCUACUCCACUUAUGGCCUGAGGCGGUGGGUCUUCAUGGACACGGCGAGGAAGGCCACGACGAGCACGCGGGCCAUGGCGAGGCUGAGACUGAGGGUGGCCAUGACAGGACAUACUUGUGGAGGACAAUGGUCCUUGUGAUCACAAUGUAUGCAUUCUACCUGUUCGAAACUCUCUUCUCGAAGAUCUUUCACCAUCAUCACUCCCACUCAGUUAAUCCAAUGGAGGAGACAAGUAAUCUACCAGAUAGUUUGGGUGGAAAAAAUACAGAAAGCGGAACAUCUUCCAAAGCUUCCAGUCAAAUAGAGUUAACUAAAGAAGGCUCAAGGAUCUGUGGAAUUCCGAACGAUAAAUUUGUGACUGCCAUCACCAUCUCAGCCGGGGAUUUCCUCUGCAACUUCGUGGACGGAAUGGCCAUCGGAAUAGGGUUCCAGUCCUCUGGCUCCUCCGGGUUCUCCUCCGCCAUAGCCGUGUUUUGCCAUGAACUACCCCAGGAGUUAGCCAGCUUUGCCCUUCUUCUCGACAUGAAGUUGCAUCUGGUGGCUAUCCUUGUCCUCAAUCUGUUCUCUGCGUUGGGUGCAUUCAUGGGUCUCUACAUUGCAUCUGCCCUGUCAGAGUAUGACCAGUUCAUGGGCUACAUGACGGCCAUAGCAGCAGGCGCAUUCCUCUACAUUGCGUUCAUGGACAUGUACCCUGAGAUGCUUUCUGCUGAAAGCAAACAACCCUGGAUCUUGUACAUCGUGCAGAACAUAGGCCUGAUCAUAGGGUUUGUCAUUCUGCUUCUGAUAGCGCUCUAUGAAGAGGACAUCGGCUUUUAAUAGACCAAACUGCACCAAACUAUGAUGACUGUUUAACCUUGAUGUUUUUAUAUUGCUAUUCCCAUAUCUGUAGUACCUUGCUCAAUUGUAAAUUGCACAAUAACUCAUUUGACAAACAGAAUAUUUCUAUUUUUCACAAAUUGUGUCCUUCCUGACUUUUGGGAAAAUAAAUCAAUGUUUGUCUUUUUGUUUUAAAUGAUUCGAAUGCUAUGCUGUCAUCCCGCGUAAUUCCACAU